AAGAAAUUUGGGGAUGCGUACUUGCGUUGCGUAGUGUAGUAGCCCGUAUCAAACAUAAUCCCUCCGCAACCAGCAAAAUAAGAAAAUCCAAUCGCAUACUCUUUGACAGUUAUAUUGCACACGAAAAGGAAAGGAUACAUAAGUGAAGCAGAUGGGCAAGGACAAGGAAGUCGCAGCUUCCUCUUCAAACCCUAUUCCUGACUCUAACCAUAACAGCGGUGAAGAUGAUUCCGAUCCCUCAAAGAAUCCUUCUUUUACCUCCGUCAAUUUCUCUUCUCGGAAUGCUUCCUCCAAAUACGAUUUUGUCAAGGUUAAGGUGUGGCUGGGCGAUCACGCUGAUCAUUACUACGUUCUGUCCAGAUUCUUGCUUAGCAGAAUGUUGACUGUUACUAAGAUCCCUAACCACGUAGCUAUUAAAAUAGCACUGGAACUCAAGAAGCUGCUUAUAGAUAACAGUCUUCUAGAUGUCUCUCAGUCUGAUUUGGAAGCUAACUUAUUUAAGCUCAUGGAGCGGCGUGGAUAUGGGGAAGAGUACAUCAAUCGCUACAAGAUGAUGACAAGGUUUCAUCAUCAAAGAGUGCCACUGGUAAUUCUUGUUUGUGGAACUGCAUGCGUUGGGAAGUCUACCAUAGCUACCCAACUUGCACAAAGGCUGAAUUUGCCCAAUGUCUUGCAGACUGAUAUGGUGUAUGAAUUGCUGCGGACAUCAACAGAUGCACCACUAGGAUCUACUCCUGUAUGGGCACGAGAUUUCAGUUCCUCUGAGGAACUAAUCACUGAAUUUUGUAGAGAAUGCCGAAUUGUACGCAAGGGUUUGGCUGGUGAUUUGAAGAAGGCAAUGAAAGAUGGAAAGCCAAUUAUAAUUGAGGGGAUACAUUUGGAUCCUAGCAUUUAUUUAAUGGAUGAAGAAAAUAAGUCCUCGGCUAAUGUGACAGAAAAAACUAAAGAAGCAAACCUUGUAUCUGUGAUCAAUAAUGAUCCUGCAAAACAGGUGGAAAAUAAUACUGCAAGUGACAGUUGUACUGAUAAUAGCAACUCCAUUGUCGGGAAUGUGAGUUUGGAAGAUGGGAAAUCUGGUGAUAAGUUGAAUAAAGUUCCAGAUCCACAGGAAUCUGUUACCACAGCAGGCUGUGUUUCUGAUAAUAAAGGUGAAAUUGUUACAGAUACUAGUAGAGAGGGAGAUUCUACUGCUAGGAAAGAUAAAUUGGGUCCUAAACCAAUAAUUAUACCCAUAGUUCUGAAGAUGGCUGAAUUUGAUCAUAAGGCGUUACUAGAGGAGUGGAUAGUGACUCGCACAUUUAGUGAUAAAUGUCCAGUCCAGGACAAAGGAAGGUUAAUUACCAAUCUGAAAAUUAUUCAGGACUACCUUUGCUCUUUUAAAUCACAGGGUCUUACUGUUGCCAACAUAUCAGCAACAACAUUCCCCCAGACACUUGAUUGGCUGCAUGCAUAUCUUCUUCAGUGCAUUGAACAAGGCAUUUCAUCAGUGUCCAAUGAAAAUGGUAGACAGCCAGCUGAACGUUAGAUUAGAUGCAGAUGCUUGCUGGAGCAAUGGCAGGUACAAACUGAACCUUCAGCAAUUCAUAUAGGUAUAAAAAGCUUUGUAAAGUUAAAUGUGGCUAACGAAAUUUUAAGAGCAGACAUUUCCUAGCUGUUGGAUGUGGAGUUCUGCCAUAUCAGACUAACUAAUCACAGCUUCUUGGGAUGGCAGAACUUGCAUUUAUCCACAAUUCACUUGCCCCGUCUGAUGGACCAAAGUUUGGGCUUCGGAAUGCCCAGCAGAUCAUUUAUGGUAUCAACGCAUUGUAUUAUGGAUGAUGCCAACUCUUGGGGAUAAGUACAGUAGACUGCUGAUGUAUACUUUAUGUUCACCAUGCGUUUGUAACAUUAUAAAGGCUGAUUGCGACAAUAAACGGCAGCAAUUUUGAAA